CAGAAGAACUUAUCUUUUAAAAUACUGGACAGUAAGAUAUUUUCAGAUAUGUAAGGCAAAAAAAAAAAUGAUUCACUGUUGCAAAUUUUUAAAAGAUCUUUGGCAUUUUUAUUUAUUAUUUUCAUGUGUAUGUGUGUUUUGCCAGCUAUCUGUUUAUGCACCAUAUGUGUGCAGUAUCCCUGGAGGCCAGCAGAGGGUGCUGGAUACACCAAGACUGGACUUCUAGAGGGUUGUGAGUUGCCGUGUGAGUAUUGGGAGUCAACCCCAGGUCUUCUAGGAGAGCUGCCAGGUGCUCUUGACAGCUGACCCCACUAUUACAAAUUCUAAAAUAUGUUUACUUAUACACACACUUAUUCCUGGCAUGGUAAAUUCUGAUGACCAUGAUUAUAAGUGAUUACAUAAACAAAGCACUCUGCAAUCCCAAUUACUAAAGACACACAGGGUUCCUGAGACAAAGGCCUAGACAGUGAACACCACAGGCUACGGCCAUGCAGUUUUUCACUCAUGCUCAGCUCUGCAGAAUAAAGCCAACAGUUUAGACACUAUGAACAUGCAAAUAAAACAUACAGGCAGCUGCUGGUUUGUUGGUUCUAAUCUGCUGCCCCAGUAUAGGUUCUGAAGGAAUAUAUUCUAAAUACUAUUCCUUAAAACUAAACUUUUAAAAAGAAUAGGCAAAGAACUCAAUGUCCAUUCUUAGCUAAGAUCAAAUUUAGUUAAAUUAGGACAGAUCUUAUACACUCUCGUAGUCAUCUGACAACUGAUAGAGACAGCAUCUUUUUAUGAGUCUGACAAUCUCCCCAAGGGAAGACUGGCAUAGCCAGAAAUAUGUAAAAAGCCUUAAGAGAAAGGCAAAUUUGCCAUCCCCAAAUGGCCCUCUAUUAAGAAUAGACAAGGCAUCUUUACAGUGAAAUAGCUGUUAGAGCUAGAUUCAAAAGUUCUGUUAUGGUUAUAAAACUAAUUUUGGUAUACAUAUACAGAGUAUCAUUCAGUCGUAAAAAGGGAUGAAGUAAUGACAAAGCCACAAUGUGAAUCUUAAAAACACGGUGUUCACUGAAAUAACCAGACACAAAGGCCAUACAGUAUAGAAAAUGCUAUAUGCUAUGUGUGGAAUAUGCAAAUUCGUAGGUUAGUAGCUACCAGGGGCUGAGGGGGAGGGAGGAACUUGGAAAUGCUUAUGGGUACAUGGUUUUCUUUGAGGUGAUGAAAUGUUUUGGAACUAGAUGGGGUGGUGUGCACAGUACUGGGACCACACUAAUCACUAUAAACUUGUACCCUAAAAGAAAACUUCAGGAUAGCAAGCAAGAACCUCCAGGUCUACCCACCGGAUAGGUCUCUGGAGCAGCCACACUAUUAUUAUUAUUAUUAUUAUUAUUAUUAUUGACAAGCGUAACACCACAGAGUGCUGCAAGUCAAGACACUGUAGACAUACUCCUGAAGUCAGGAUGACGCCUGGGUCUGAGCCAUAUAACUCCUAAAGUCACCCUCCACCCCCAGUGUAUGACAACUUAGCUUCACUUACUGCAAAGAGCCUACGUCAUAGACACAAGUACAUCAGGCACUCACCGACUUUUUGAAUGACCUCUAUGUUAGAGAGUGGGCAGAGGUGGAGACAGGGAAAUAAUCAGACCCCUCCGAUAUAUUAAAACUGGCUUAUCUAUAUAGGAUACCCCCACCAACUGCAGACCUCAGGAGAGUACCAACAUGUGCAGCAGUGUAUUACACACAGGAGGAGCCAGGAGCUGGCACCACAGUCACAUGGUCUGAUGUUAGCCUUUACAGAUUAAACAUCGUAUCCAGAUGCUGGCUGUGGUGGUGCAGGCCUUUACUCCCAGAAUUUGGGAGACAGAGGAAACUAGAUCUCUGAUUUGGGGAUAGCCUGUCUACAUAGUGAGUUCCAGGCCAGCCAAGGAUACAUACUGAGACCCUCCACCCCACACCCCUUAUGGUCUUCCCCACUACUCCCGCCAUAAAGAAAGUGCCUGGCGAAGCAGCUCAGUGUGCUCACUGCAUGAGCUGGACAGCUGAGUUCCACCCUCAGAGCCUACACAAGAGGGAAAGGGGAGGGGAGGGGAGGGGAGGGGAGGGGAGGGGAGGGGGGAGAGGAGGGAAGAACUGACUCCACAUGUCCACCUCAGAAUAAAAGAAAUGAUAAGAUUUAUUUCUAUUUUAUGUGUAUUUUAUGUCUGCAUGUCUAGUGCCCAUGGGAGCCAGAAGAGGGUGACGGAUCCCUGACAUCAAGGACAUCAGUGAGCUGCUGUGUGGGUGCUGGAACCCAACCCUGAGUCUCCCUGAAAGUUCUCUUAACUGCUGAGCCAUUUCUGUGGCUCCAGUAAUAAAGGUUUUUAAAAACAAUAAUCAAGAGAUAAAUCUAAGGAGUGUUUGCUUUGCAUUAAAAAAGUUAAGAGAACGGGGGUUCAGUGGGAAGAAAUGGGAAUUGGUAAUAACUUUCUUAUGAAAAAUGCCUCAUAAACCAAACAUUUACAGACAAAUUAAGAGAGCGUCAAGUCCAUCCGUGUGUGAAAUCCAUGCUAAGGUCUGCUCAGGCAAGUGACUUUCAUUAGAGCUUCCCUUGUCACGGAAGCCAAAGCAUUGGGGGCAUUUUCUCUUCCAUUAUUCUAGUGUUUAAAAUGCAUAGGACUUUAAAAAACGUAUGUAAUUUGUGUGUAUGUGUCCCAACGUGUGUGUGUGUGGAGAUCAGAAAACAACUGUAUUGUCGGUCCUCUUUACCCACCAUUUGGAUUGUACUUGACGGUAGCUACCUUUACCUGUAAAGCCAUCCCACUGGCCCCAAAAUGAAAAAAUCCUCAACUAACACUGGACAGUCCAGUUGACCUCAAGAAUUGGUAUAGGCUUGCCUGGCCUGGAACUUGCUAUAUAGACCAGGAUGACCUUGAAUCUAGAUUACUGCCUGACCCUGACUUCCAAGUGCUGGGAGUAAAAGUAUGUGUCAGGAAUGGAACUCAGAUCCUCUGGAAAACAAGCAAUUGGUGCUGAGCCAACAAUUCAGGCUGGAGUGGCAGAUUUUACUUUACGCUUUUGGUCAAUUAAAUUGCAAUAAAAUAUUACACUUAGAAAAAAGACCAUCAAGAAGAGACUAGCAGAACUCCUUCAGGGACAACCUUUUAGGGGGACAUUCUCUGCCUAACAGUUCCAAUGACUUAUCUGCAUCAAUUUCAGAUGUUUCAAAACUAAAUUUACAGUAGACUGCUGCUAGAAGUGCCCGUAGCCACUGAUUUAUGUUUUCAUAGUCUCCCACAGAGCUCAACACAGUUCCUCACAUACAACAGCAGCUGUUUAGAAUUGUUUCAGCAGGUGACAAUCAGUAAAGAGAUACAGGACAAGUGGACCUUCCAAACAACAGAAGCUGGUACGAAAAGUUUCAUACACUUUAUGUUAUCUUGUGAAGAAUAACACACAACCUAGGCACAAGAGUGCUCCCAUAUAAGAUUUUAGAAAGCAUCUGUAAAAUGUCCUUCCACAGACACUUAGCAAAAUACCUCCUCUUAUGGUCAAUUUCAAAGGGCUCAUAGGACAAACAUUUGCUCAAACAGAUUUGCGGCCCACUACAGAUUGACUGUGCUUUGCCAUGUGCAAGCCUGGAAAUGAGGGCAUCAAGUCCAAGUGUUCCCAAAUCUUGAGCCUCCCAACAUUUCCUUCCCCAGUGACGUUCCUGUCCAAGAGCGCAGGUGAGUGGCUUGGCCGCUGAAGUCUGCUAGCAGCUGGUCAGAGGAGUCUUUCUGCAGCUCUUCUCCAUUAUUUCUUGAUUUCUAGGUUCAAACCUUUUAGUUUUCCAGCCUCGUCCUUCUCGGUAUUGGUUCCAUCCCCUCUUCCCUCCCCAGGGUUCGGUCCUCAGUUCCCCUGUUUCCUCUACGCAAACCAAGCCAAGCCGACAUCUCUCCCAGGACAGAGACAAAACUUGUCUUCCUCGGCUCCCAUUCGCUUGCAUCCUCUCGGAGCAAGGCUACCCCGAGACCCAAGGAAUGGGACUGUCAGGCGUCCUCCCGCGGUCCAGGCCUUUGCACGGCUCUACUAGGCAAACCCUCCUCUACCUCCAGGGCGUCCAGUCGGUCCCUCCCCGCCUCCAGGAUUCCCAGCCUGAUCUCAGGAAGAGAGCGGGCGAGUAGGGGAUAUCCUCGCCGCGGCGAGAGCUGAGCGGAUCGCAAACCAUGCUAACCCCGCGGAGCCUUGCGCACCACCUUCCGGGGAUCGCGUCCUUCCACCUCUUCCACAAACCUCCCCGGGCUGACGGCUUCAAAGCUCUGCCAGCUCCGCCCCAAUCGGCGUCACUGUCCACUCAGAAGCGGGACGGCUCCGCCCAGCAGGCAGGUUGUCACCCGUCGCACAGCCCCGUCCCGCCCUCCGGUCCGGUCAGCACCCAGCUGACCCGGCGCCGCUGCCCUCCCCGGAGAUCCAACUGGGCUCCUCACACCCCUCUUCACACCAUGCUACUCCAAGUCAACCGCGCCCUCCCUCAACACCACGACGGGCACGCCCGGCCUCUCGGUUCGGUUAUCCUAAUGCCGCCACAGAGAGGUGACCUCCGCGCCCGGCUCUGGCCCGCACCUGCAGAGCGCAAAGCUAGCCACCUACCAUGCUCCCCAAGGCUGCCGAAGCGACUUCAAUUUUCUGCGCAAGCGCACGCCGCUCUUCCUCUGCGCAGGCGAUUGCCGCGGCGGCUAGCAGCAGGCGCUCUGCGCAGGCGCAGUGUUCGAACGCUCCCUUCAGGUGACUGGGGGGGCUCGCUCCGUCUUCGGCUCUCCGCGUGCAGCGUGGACAGGCGCCCCUCAGCUCCGAGGCACAGCGUUUGGGUCACAUCGUAACCUCUCUCGGAGGCUGUUGCUGUUCUGAGGCUCUUAGGCUUACGCACUCUCUGGAAGCUGGCUGGCCGGCCGGCUCCCGGGACUCCAGUUCCCGGCGUGCAUCGCGCCGCGCGAAGGACGACGGAGCUGUCCAUCGGCAGCCUGCUUAAAGGAGCCGCACCUACUUUCCAGCUGCGCGUCAGAAGCGCCUGAAGUAAGAAGAGGGCGGUGCCGUCCUCGGUGUCCUGGUCCCGAGGCCAGGAAAGAGAUGAGGGCAAUUCUUUGGCGGCCCUGAGGUUCGCUGCGUCGGGGAACUCUCGAUCGGGGACAGUGAUGCUGAGGUCGCAUGUCCAGAGAGCGGCCUCCUCCAUCGGGCUGAAAAUGUGUGUGUAAAAUGCCAGCCAACUAUAGCAGCAGUCUCUGCUCCCACCCCACAUCCUUGGACCAUGAAGGUACUGGACCAGAGUCUCCUCUGGAUGCUGCUUCCCUUCUUUCACCUGAUAGCCAGUGCUGCCGAGCACGAGGAGGUGGCCAAGCAUGCCAUCAAGCUGCACCGCGGGAAGGGCGCCACUGCCACUCAGAGGAAACAGUGGGCCCUGGACAGCUGCAGGAGGCUCACCGGGCUCCUGAGGCAGAAGAAUGUGGUCCUCAACAAACUGAAGAAUGCCAUCAGAGCCGUGGAGAAGGACACCAGCCUUUCGGGCGAGGAGAAGCUCUUCCAGGUGCACACAUUCGAGAUUUUCCAGAAAGAGCUGAAUGAAAGUGAAAAUUCGAUCUUCCAGGCCAUCUACGGACUGCAAAGAGCCCUGCAGGGCGACUACAGAGACGUGGUCAACAUGAAAGAGAGCAGCAAGCAGCGGCUGGAGGCUCUGAGGGAGGCUGCCAUUAAGGAGGAGACAGAGUAUGUGGAACUUCUUGCCGCAGAAAAACACCAAGUGGAAGCCCUGAAAAACAUGCAACAUCAAAACAAGAGUCUCUCCAUGCUUGACGAGAUCCUCGAAGAUGUGAGGAAAGCCGCCGACCGUCUGGAGGAGGAGAUCGAGGAGCACGCCUUCGACGACAAUAAAUCAGUCAAAGGCGUCAACUUUGAGGCAGUUCUGAGAGUGGAGGAGGAGGAGGCCAGCUCCAAGCAGAAUAUGACGAAGCGGGAGGUGGAGGACGGCCUGGGUCUCAGCAUGCUCAUCGACUCCCAGAACAACCAGUACAUUCUGACCAAGCCCAGAGAUUCUACUAUCCCACGCGCAGACCACCACUUCAUAAAGGACAUCGUGACCAUAGGGAUGCUGUCCUUACCAUGUGGCUGGCUGUGUACAGCAAUAGGUCUGCCUACGAUGUUUGGGUAUAUAAUUUGUGGCGUGCUUCUGGGGCCUUCAGGACUGAACAGUAUUAAGUCUAUUGUACAGGUGGAAACAUUAGGAGAAUUUGGGGUCUUCUUUACUCUGUUUCUGGUUGGCUUAGAAUUUUCUCCAGAGAAGCUAAGAAAGCUCUGCUACGCUGUCGCUCUCACCGUCUGGGACUGACGGGCCGGGAUGUGUUUCUUCCCGAGGAGUCCGAGUUGUGUCAGUGCCGUCUUCCAGGGACUUUGGUUUCCUCGCGCACGCCUUCCCUCAUAAACCACACGUCCAUUUCUAAACCAUUCUUCUAGAUCCUAAAUUAAAAAACGGCUCCAUUUUUCCUGUGCGUUCUCUUGAAGAGCAUGGGGUAGGAAGGGAAUAAGCUUGCGUAGAGGGAUUUGUGGGGUGUCCUGCUUUGUUAGAGUAAGCUGGGAUUGGCCAUCACAAGUGCCAUGUUGGGCAGGCUUCAUGGAAUCAUGUGACCUCUGUUUCCAAGUACAGUGGCUCACGUGAGGUUUUAUAACUAGAGACAUUUGGUGUAAAUGGUGAUUCAUGGCAAACAAGGCAGGGGAAGUCCUGUUUCCUUAUAACGAGCAAUAAAUUCUUCGGUAGAACUCAGAGCCUUCCUGGUCAACGGUUUCGGACAGUGUCUGUUGUUAGGGUUUUGUUGCUAUGAAGAGACACAUGACCAAGGAAACUCUUAUAAGGACAACAUUUAAUUGGGGCUGGCUUACAGGUUCAGUCCAUUAUCAUCAAGGUGGGAGCGUGGCAUCGUCCAGGCAGGCAUGGUGCAGGAAGAGCUUAGAGUUCUACAUCUUGUUCCGAAGGGAAACAGAAGACUGUCUCAUGGACAGCUAGGAAGGAGGGUCUAAAAGCUCACCCCCACAGUGACACAUUUCCUCAAACAAGGCCACACCUAAUUCAACAAGGCCACACUUCCUAAUAGUGCUACUCCCUGCGUCAAGCAUACUCAAACCACAUCUGUAUAGUGGAAUUUUGUUAAAGUUUCUCCUGUGUUUUCAUCAUUAAUUUUUUUUCCGUAGUAGUCAAAGGUUGAUGAUGAAAUGACAUUCUAUGACAUAUUGUUAACGUUGUAAUUGUGCUAGUUCUGAUUGGAGCUGUCUGGGGUCUUUUGCCCUUGUGAUCUAGACAUGGGGAGAGCCUGUGAGAAGGGUUCUUGCUCUGUCAAGUGAGUGUGUUUUGGGUGCUUGAGGGACAGGAUAAUGUACCUGACUAAGGAGAAGAAGAAUGCUGGACUGGGAACCUGGCUUUCCUUGAGGCCUUGCUGGGCCUUCUUCAUUUAGUGGUCCUGCAGGGCCUCUCCUCUCGUCUGCUGUGUGGCAGCCCUAGACCUAGACAUGUGCCUUGGCUCUGCAGUUGCAUUGCUAAGAAUGCAACUUGUUACCAUUGCAGUUCCCGGUUUGGAAUACAGAAGAUUGGUAUUGAUUUAACAAACCACAGUAUUCAGUAUGUCUCUACUACUUUGUCAUGCAGGGAUAAAUGACUGGGGUCUUUAGGGUAACCUAAAAGUAAGGAGAGAGAACACUUCACAUCAGUAGGUCUCUUACAUGUAGGAAGUUUAUGUUUGGUAGAAAAGAUCUGAUAGUGUUUUCCAAUAUUUGCUGGACACCCUCUCAGGACUUGGAAUCCUCAGAAGGGAUGCAAUACUUAGGUCUGUAUAAGUAGAGUGCCUAUCACCAUGGUCCCUCUGCUAGGCCGAGAGCCUAACCUAACCGAAAUGCUGACCCUGGAGUUUUCAAACUGUCACGCGUCCUACUGUGUGUGUGUCACUGUGCUACGUGUAUACUGAGCACCUAAUAAUGCCCAUGUGCCCGGGAAGCCACUCGGCCUGGGCUUGCCUCGGGUCUGCUGCUGCUUCCUGAUCAUGUGACUUCUCACAGCCUGCUUCUGUAUCUUCACAGCUCCAUAAAAAGUGGGAAGAUAUGCUCUAUACUUACGGGACUUGUUCUAACGAUUUUUUAAAAUGUCUAUACACAGUCGGGCAGUGGUGGUACGUACCUUUAAUCCCAGCAGAGGCAGAUGAUCUCUGACUUCGAGGCCAGCCUGGUCUACAGAGCAAGCUGUAGGACAGCUAGGGCUUCACAGAGAAACCCUGUCUCAAAAAACAAAACAAAACAAAAAAGUGUGUCUACACACCGGAGGGCAGGGGUAGAGAGAGUGACAGAGAAGUCCUGUGUCUAAACGGCCUAUAGACACUUUUCCCUGUUGUGGGUUCUGUAUCCGUGGAUUCAGCCAACUGCAGAAUGAACACCUAACAGGCUUACUUUUGUCAUUAAUUCUCUAAUUAAUACUACAUAAGCAUUUGCAAAUCAUUUAAAUCAGAGAUGAUUUAAAGUCUACAGGAGGGCAUACAUAAGUACUACACAUAAAAAAAAAAUUUUAACCCCAGCACUUGGGAGGCAGAGGCAGGCGGAUUUCUGAGUUCGAGGCCAGCCUGGUCUACAGAGUGAGUUCCAGGACAGCCAGAAUUAUACAGAGAAACCCUGUCUCGAAAAACCAUAAAAAAAAAAAUACUACACGUUUUUAAUAAAUAGGAAGGUUUGAGCAAGGCUGCAGAGAGGGCUAGUUAAGAGCGCUGGCUGCUCUUCCAGAGGACCCAGGCCUAGUUCGUAGCACCCAUGUGGCCUCUAACGAUAUUUUAUAACUCCGUUGUCAAGGGUUAUGGCUUCAGGGGCACCAGGCAUGAAUGUACUGACAAACAUACAGACAGAAAAUACAUACACACAAAAAUAAGUAAAAUUUAAAAAUUAAAGAUUUGAGCAUUGGAUGAUUUCAGUAUCUGAUAUUUGGUGCAGGUCUAUAGACAACCUCCAGGGACACUGAAAUGAUUUUACAUAGUGUAUGUAUCUAUUUGAGAGUGUUUCAGCCUAGGAGUGAGUUUGUCAGGUGAGCAUGCAUAGGCUUCAAGUUCCUUCCUGAAAAGCCAGUUCUCUGCUCUGGAGUGGCAGUUCAGAGAGGAGCUGUUGCUUCGGAAUGCGUGUGAAUGAAUACGCGUGUUCUUUCUCCACUCUGUGGCCUUGGUCAGGGCCGGGCUGUUGCCCUAGAGUGUGUAUCAAUGCCUGUGCUCUG